GUUAAUGCAUCAAUUAAUCGCUCUGAUCUUCGCCUGCGAGUCUUCUUGGAGAUGGGUCAUCGUUGAUGACACUGAAUGAGCAUGGAGCAUCACCUUUCAUGUGCGUUGUCUUCGGGAUAGCUCACCGUUGUUCGAACUGCCACAGCCUGCGAAUUUUCGCCCGCCACUUAAUCGAAGUCAACCGGUCUUUGUCUUCGCAUUGUAGUGUUCCAUUCUCGGCUCUUUGAGUCUCUACUAAGUAAUUCUCCGCUUACUUUCUUAGUAGAGAGUAAUUAACCUGCUCGGACUUCCUUGUGCUUACUGAGGUCACCAUUUUUGUCGUUGCGUCUCUCUCCUUUGUUCUCAGCUAAGGUUCGUCUGCGCUUGCUCAGUUCCCUGUUUUCGUUACUGUGCCCAGCUCAAAAUUAAGUCCACUCUUACCUUGGUUCUCGGCUACAAUCAUGGCUUCGCGCCUUCGCCAAGGAUUUUUCAUCAGCGGCCACUCUUCAGUCUCUGUAUUUUCAAGAUCAUAGUUGGCCCAGGGAUUUUUGGCCUGCGCCUACUCUUGAAUCUCCAUAUUUCCAAGGUCAGUUAAUGCAUUAUGUUCCAUAAUUUCAACCACUGCUUUUGACGCUUGAAUCAUAGUCAUUUGUGCAUCUCUGUUCACAUUUCCACAAAAUACUCUAUGCCCUUCAAUAUUAGUAAUUAUGUGAAUCUUAGUAAUUUUUCUGUAUUUCCAAGAUCUUUUAUAUGCCUUGCCUCCACAAAUUCUCAAUGCCAAUACAUUUCUUCUGCAUUAUUCCACCAUGUGUUUAUAAGAGGUUUGUUCCACCAUAUGUGUGUGAAUAGGAUGGAAAAGGGAGAGUGCAGUACGAAUAAUAGAACAAAGAGGAGGAUUAUAAUGAUUAGGCGUGGACACAGCAUUGCACAAAAUAUUAACCUCGAAACUUCUAUAUCGUUUGCCUCAAAGCCUACAAAUGAGCAAAAUCUUGCGUGUUCUUCCACCAGCGAAGAUAUAAUCACCUCUUCUACUGAACAUUUAAUGCAAUCACCGACUGCUAGGCUUGAUCUUGGUCAUCCUGCUUAUAGCUGCCAGUAUUGUGGAGCUAUAUUUUGGUUUGCUGAACGAAUCAAGUCACGUUCUUCACGUUUUCCAGUGUAUACUCUUUGUUGUAGACUGGGUCGUAUUAAGAUACCACCGUUCAAGGAUCCUCCGCAACCCUUAAAAGACCUGUUUGAUUAUAAUGGGGGAAAAUCUUGUAAAUUAUUUCGCCAAAACCUACGGUCUUACAACUCUUUGUUUGGCUUUACCUCAAUGGGUGGCAAAAUUGAUGUGGAUAUUAACAGGGGGCAAGGGCCCUAUGUCUUUAAAAUAAAUGGACAAAAUCAUCAUUUGAUAGGAUCACUCCUUCCAAUGGAUGGUCAGAGACCACAAUUUGCUCAACUAUAUGUUUAUGACACAGAAAAUGAAAUAUCUAACAGAAUGGAUGCUCUUCAAAGGUUUGGUAUAAAUCAUCAGCUGGACAGGGAUGUGGUGGAUCAGUUGAUAAAAAUGUUUGACAAUGUUAAUCCCUUGGUCAAAGCUUUUCGAAUGGCAAGGGAUAGAUUUAAAAGUGGAGAACAACGUUCUGUUUCAUUGGUUUUAUCAGCAAAGCGGAGUACAGAUGGAUUGCAAUAUAAUUCCCCUUCUUUUCCUGAAAUGGCGGGUUUGAUAGUGGGAGAUAUUGGAAGUACAGAGAUGGGUAGAGACAUAAUUGUUGAGCACCGAACACAGGGACUAAAGCGUAUAGACGAUUUGCACCCGUCAUUCAUGGCAAUGCAAUAUCCCAUUUUAUUUCCAUUUGGCGAAGAUGGUUUUAUGCUGAACAUCCCUUAUCAGAAAAAUCAGGAGAAUUGUAAAUUGAAAAGAGGGCAUGUGACAAGGCGGGAAUACUAUUCUUAUAUGUUGCAUCAAAGAAGUUAUGGUAAUGGACUGCUAAUUAUGGGAGGAAAAUUAUAUCAGCAGUACAUUGUAGAUGCUUUUACUUCGAUUGAAGAUGAACGUUUAAGAUAUAUUCGGUAUAAACAUCAACAGGAGCAUUAUAGGUGUGAGAUAUAUAAGGGAAUUCAGGAUGCAUUUCUCCAGGGUGAUACAGCAGCAAACUCAAUUGGGAAGCGUGUGAUUUUACCCUCAAGUUUUACAGGUAGUCCUCGAUAUAUGAUUCAAAACUACCACGAUGCCAUGGCAAUCUGUAGGACUAUGGGAAACCCUGAUUUAUUCAUCACUUUUACGUGUAACGUGCAAUGGGUUGAGAUACAGAAUGCAUUGAAUCUUAUACCUGGACAGAAAAUAGAAGACAGGCCUGAUAUAGUCUCCCGAGUAUUUCACAUGAAGCUUGAUGAGUUUAUGAGCGACAUAAAGAAGGGACACUAUUUCGGAAAAGUUGUUGCUGCGAUUUACACUGUUGAGUUCCAAAAAAGGGGAUUGCCUCAUGUCCAUGUCAUCGUCUGGCUGCAUCCAAAUGACAAAUACCCUACUGCAAAUGACAUUGAUGGAAUUAUAUGUGCGGAGAUCCCAGAUAAAGAAACUGAACCUGCUUUGUACAGCAUUGUCUCAAAAUUUAUGAUGCAUGGUCCUUGCGGUCUUGCUAACCCAAAAGCACCGUGCAUGAAAAAAGGAAAAUGUAUUAAGCAUUUUCCUAGGAAAAAUUACCCUCAGACAACAAUUGGAGAAGAUGGUUUUGCAAUUUAUCGAAGACGAGAUGAUGGAAAAGUUGUUCUCAAGGUUGGUACUGAACUUGACAAUAGAUAUGUUGUCCCAUAUAACAAGGGAUUAUUGCUGAAAUAUGAGGCACAUAUUAAUGUUGAAUGGUGCAAUCGUUCAAGAGCAAUAAAGUAUUUGUUUAAGUACGUUAAUAAAGGACCUGACAGAACGAGGGCUGUUUUGCAAGAACAGGUUCAAGCACCUUCUUCCUCUUCGCCUCUUGACCCCAAAAUUAUCGAUGAGAUUAAAAACUAUCUGGAUUGUAGGUAUUUAACUGCCUAUGAAUCAGCAUGGAGAAUUUUUGAAUUCCAUAUUCACUAUAAAUUUCCACCUGUUCAGAACUUAACUAUUCAUAUGCCGUUGAUGAACAAUAUAGUUUUCAGGGGAGAUAUUGCCAUUAAUGAUGUAUUGCAACAGCCAGGAAUCGAGAAGACCAUGUUGACAGAAUGGAUGUUCACAAACUCCAAUUUUGACGAUGCACGCCAACUAACAUAUGCUCAAUUUCCAUCUUUUUGGAGGUGGGAUGGGACAAACAAAUUUUGGUUUCGAAGGAGAAAAGGUCACUGUAUUGGUAGAAUUUCUUACGUACAUCCAUCCGCAGGAGAUAUAUACUACCUUCGAAUGUUAUUGUCCCAUGUCAAAGGCCCAACAAAUUUCACAGAAAUAAGAACCAUAAAUGGAACUAUUUAUGAGACAUUCAAAGAAGCAUGUAAUGCAAUGGGUUUGAUUGGCAAUGAUCGAGAAUGGAAUGAAGCUAUGCAAGAAGCUGCACAAUGGGCAAUGCCACAUGAGCUGAGAAAUUUAUUUGUGACAAUGCUACUAUUUUGUGAGAUUAUUGAUGGUAAGAAAUUGUUCGAGGCAAAUUUAAAAAACAUGCAGGAAGAUAUUAUUUACAGAAUUAGAGAUAGACUAGCUAUGCAAGAAGUAAGCAUAUCUGAUGAAGAAACUAGAAAUCAAGUUCUGAUUGAGUUGGAGACUCUGUUAAAAGGGAGUGGAUCUUCGCUUUCUGAACAUGGACUUCCACUACCUUUGAAUGAAAUGGCCCAUGAUUUUGGGAACAGGAUGUUGAGAGAAGAGAUGUCGUACAGCAUAAGUGAUCUUCAAAGUCAAAGUCUCAUUUUCAUGCAUCAGAUGAAUGAUGAACAAAGGAGAGUAUACGAGGCAGUUUUGGCAGCUGUUUAUCAACAAUCUGGAGGUCUAUUUUUUGUUUAUGGGCACGGUGGAACUGGAAAGACAUUUCUUUAUAAUGCAAUCAUAAGUAGGCUACGAUCAGAAGGGAAGAUUGUGCUUGCAGUUGCAUCUUCUGGGAUAGCUUCUCUGCUGUUGCCAGGAGGAAGGACAGCGCACUCAAGAUUCAAAAUUCCAAUUGACAUUCAUGAAGAGUCAAGCUGUCAUAUAAAGAAGGGUACACAAUUGGCACAUCUUCUUAAUAAAACUAACCUUAUUGUCUGGGAUGAGGCACCAAUGGCACAUAGGUUAUGCUUUGAAGCUCUGGAUAGGUCGAUGAGGGAUCUUUUUAACUCUGAUGAAAACCCAACUGAGCAUAUGCCUUUUGGGGGAAAAAUAGUUUUGUUGGGGGGUGAUUUUAGGCAAAUCCUUCCUGUGGUUGCCAAGGGUUCAAGACACGAUACAAUAAAGGCUUGUGUAACUCAGUCACACCUCUGGAAACACUGUGAGAUAUUUGUGCUAUACCAAAACAUGAGGUUAUCUAUGCUGGGUUUGUCAGAUCACGAGAAAUCAGAAUUGGAUAGGUUUGGUCAAUGGCUUCUACACAUUGGAGAGGGUAAAGCUGAUACAAUAAAACUGAAUGACGAUGAGGAAUACCCUACUUGGAUAAGAAUACCAGAUUCUUUGUUACUCAAAUCUGAAAAAGGAGACGUCGAAGAUAUUGUUUCUGAGAUCUAUGACGGAUUGGCUUCAUUUUACAGCAAUCCAGAAUACUUGAAAGAAAGGGCAAUUAUAACUGGCACAAAUGAAGCAGUUGAUAUAAUAAACUCUCAUGUUUUAGCACUCAUACCUUCAGAAGAGAAAACAUAUCUAAGCUUUGACUCAAUACAAAAAGUUGCUGGAGCAUCAGAUGAUGAUGAUCUGCUUUACCCAACUGAAUUCUUGAACUCCCUCACAUUCGCUGGUCUUCCAAAUCAUGAGCUUCAUCUCAAGAUCAAUGUACCUGUUAUGCUAUUGAGAAAUAUUAAUCAAACUAAUGGCCUUUGUAAUGGAACAAGACUUCUGGUUACAAAACUAGGCGACAAAGUUGUGCAGGCCACUGUUAUCACUGGCAGUAAUAUAGGUGACAAAGUAUACGUUCCAAGAAUUAUAAUGUCUGCAACUGAGAAGAAAUGGCCAUUUACAAUCAGGCGUAGACAAUUCCCUUUGAAAUUGUGUUAUGGAAUGACAAUAAACAAGAGCCAAGGUCAAACAUUGAAAAAGGUUGGGCUAUAUCUUCCAAGACCAGUUUUCUCACAUGGACAAUUAUAUGUGGCUGCAUCAAGGGUUACAACAUAUAAAGGACUUAAAAUUCUCAUAGGUGGAGAAAACGAGCAAGAAAGGGUGCACACAAAAAAUAUUGUAUACAAUGAAAUAUUUGAAGAACUACAACAAGGAAUCAAACAAAAUUAUGGAAUACACACCCUUGUCCAACCUGGAAGCAGGGCAGCGAGGCAUCAAGAUUAAAGUCCGCGUUGCAAGAAUGUGAGAUUCAACCAAUGCAACACUGCAAGACCAAUUGAUCAGUGUCGACUUGAUUUUGGUUGAUGAACAGGGUACAACAAUUCAACAGUCGAUGAGAAAGGAGAAUACAGCUCAAUUGCUCAAAUUAAGGAAUUACGUAGAGGCCACUGGCUGACUCACACUUACACACACAAAAGAAUAGUGGGGAAAAAACCUUCGUCAUUGAAACACAGAAUAUGAAGGUAAUAACUGUUACUUUGUGGGGGUGCAAUUGCUGACUCAUUUCACGAAGAAUAAGCAUCACAGAUUGCUAAAAACAUUCUUGUGAUAAUUAUUGUUCAUGACAAUGGACUUCAACCCCAGACAAUGGCAUGCAUAUAUAUAAAUAACAAGACUAUUUCGCAGCUGCUGUCUCUUCAUCGGGAUGCUGACGUGGGAAAUAAAAUCACCUGCGCACCAACAAUAACUAAGAUAGAUGGGUCUAAGGAGUUGUGGUACAACUCAUGUGCAGAAUGCAAAGUUAGCAUCACAGUGGAAGAAGAACAAGAGGGAAUCAGGAGCAACCGAGAAGAAACAAACCUUUCAACCACCUUUCAUAAAGAAGGAGGGUUGAAGCUAAUUUGGAACAGAAUGAGCAUCUCAACCUUCAAAAUGGUUGAAUGUAGUUCAAUUACCCUUUCUUUUUGUCCUGUAACUGCGUAGACUAUAUAUAACCAUCAUGUGUAACUGCUGUGGGUUGGGAUGUUUAUUUCCAGAUAUCGGUCGACAUAGUUUUUGUUGCAGGGAUAAAACUUUACCCGACUCUGCAUAUAUUUUGAGACUCAAUUUUGUAACCUGCUGUGUAUAUAUUUUUGACACUCAAGUUUUGAUGGUCAAGUACCAUGUAGUUCUAUUUAUUCAGGAUUAUUUAAAAAAAACCAACUUUCCCCAACUA